AUGGCCUCAACUCUCCCCCCAAACGGCCGCCUCGUCAAUAUUGGCACCCACUCUCUAGCUCUAUACGCCCACGGCCCAGAUUCCAGCAGCCCAGCCGAUCCCGUCGUACUUUUUGUGUCCGGCGUAGCUAGCGAUGCUCUUAAUUGGCAAGCCGUCGUCCGGCUCCUCGGCCCCUCCCUGCUGCGGAGCUACACGUACGACCGUUCCGGCAACCGCAACUCGGACCCCUCACCCAACCCGCCAACAGCUGAGAACAUCGCUCAAGAACUCGCCCUCCUGAUCGAACGCGCACCCAUUCCGAACCCUCUCAUUCUUGUCGGGCACUCAUGGGCUGGCGUAAUCACGCACGAGUACUUCGCCCUCAAGGGCAUCAGCCAGGUGGCGGGUCUGGUCCUUGUAGACGCGAACCACGAGACGGCACCGCUCGUGCUAGAUGUCAACGACCCCAUUCUCUGGACAAAGAUUGCCGCAGGAGUUAAGACAUACGACGGCUGGGGGCUGACGACGUCGCAUAAGCUCACGAAGGAGGAGUGGGACGCUUUCAUCGCGGAGGAGGCCACUGAGAAGCAUAAGCUGAUUGCGCGGCGAGAGGAUACUGAGGGAUAUGCACCGAGUUUUGAGAUACUGAGGAGUAAGAGCUUGUCUAAGAAGCAGCCACUUCUUAGAGAUAAGCCAGUGUAUGUGAUUGCAGGGACGCGAAGUAGGGACUGGAGCGGGCUGUAUGCUGCAGGCGUCGCGAAGGGGAAUGGGACGAAGGAGGAGAGAAAACAUGUUAGGGAUAUGAUUGAGGGCGUUGAUGCGAAGACUGAGAGGCUCAUGAGGGAGUUUUUGAAGCUCUCCAGGAAGAGUGAGAUUGUGUUUGCAAAAGAGAGUGGGCAUUUUGUGCAGAUGACACAGCCGGAGAUCGUUGUCGAUGGAGUAAAAUGGGUGUUGGACAACCAAACGGCCUUUUCAUAA